GGCAUGGAAGGAAUCAAAGUGUAUUUGCAUGAACGCGAGUUAUGGUUAAAAUUUCACGAAGUCGGGACCGAGAUGAUAAUUACUAAAGCAGGAAGGCGCAUGUUUCCUAGUUACAAAGUGAAGGUGACCGGGUUAAAUCCGAAGACGAAAUACAUCCUUCUGAUGGAUAUUGUGCCAGCAGACGACCACCGUUACAAGUUCGCUGAUAACAAAUGGUCAGUGACUGGGAAAGCAGAACCUGCGAUGCCAGGCAGGUUAUACGUUCACCCAGAUUCACCCGCCACCGGGGCCCAUUGGAUGAGACAAUUAGUCUCCUUCCAAAAACUCAAGCUCACCAAUAACCACCUCGAUCCCUUCGGGCACAUUAUUCUAAACUCGAUGCACAAAUACCAGCCCAGACUGCACAUUGUAAAGGCUGACGAAAAUAACGGGUUCGGUUCCAAGAACACCGCUUUCUGUACGCACGCUUUCUCGGAAACCGCCUUUAUUGCGGUCACGUCCUACCAGAACCAUAAGAUUACUCAGCUCAAAAUCGAGAAUAACCCUUUUGCAAAGGGAUUUCGAGGAAGUGAUGACAUGGAACUGCACAGAAUGUCCCGCAUGCAAAGUAAAGAAUACCCUGUGGUUCCCAGGAGCACGGUCAGACAACGUGUCGGUUCUACUGCGAAUCACUUCAGUGGAGAAGUGCGAGUGUUGCCUGUGUCAAACAACCUGAACUCUCAGUACCAAUGUGAGAACGGGGUUUCCAGUUCGACGCAAGAGCUACUGCCUCCCAACCCGUACUCAGUCUGCCAGGAGCAGGGCCCUCUCUACCACUGCACCAAAAGGAAAGUAGACGAAGAUUGCAACUCGACAGAACAUCCAUACAAGAAGUCAUAUAUUGAAAGCUCGCCUCCAGAGGAUGACACAUUCUACAGGUCCUCAAGUUACUCCCAACAGCAAAGCCUUACGCCCUCUUAUAGGACUGACUCAGCACAGCGACAAGCGUGCAUGUAUGCUGGCUCAGCAGCAGACACGGACCCCAGCUCCAGCCUUGAUGAUAUUAAUUGUAACACUUGGGCCACUGUUCCCUCAUACAGCAGCUGCACAGUUACAACAAUGCAACCCAUGGACAGAUUGCCCUACCAACACUUUUCAGCACAUUUCACUUCAGGCCCGUUAAUGCCUCGCAUCUCUGGAGUCGCCAACCAUACGUCUCCACAGAUAGGGGACACUCACAACAUGUUUCAACAUCAGAGCUCAGUUUCGCAUCAGCCCAUAGUUCGGCCAUGCGCCCCUCAAGCUGGGAUCCAGUCUGCAAGCAAUCUUCAACCUGCUGACUACUUGUAUCCACAUGGCAUGUCAAGAACCCUCUCACCCCAUCAAUACCAUUCAGUACCUGGAGUGGGCAUAGUGCCUGAAUGGACUGAGAACAGCUAA